CGCGGGCGGGGACGACUAGCAUUUAUCACUUCCAGCAAGUGCCUGAGCUCAGCCCCGCAGCGAAGAGGCUGCAGUGCGGGUGGGUGCAGAAGCUGGCCCUGUGGGGACCCCGGGGGGGAGGGGGAGCCGGAAAGCCCCCGCCGAGGCCGUCGCUGCGGGGCCUCCCCUCCCCCCCGGGCAGGCGCCAUGCGGGGGGGCUCAGGCGACGCGGAGCGGCGGCAGCGCUGGGGUCGCCUGUUCGAGGAACUAGACAGCAACAAGGACGGCCGCGUGGACGUGCACGAGUUGCGCCAGGGGCUGGCUAGGCUGGGAAGGGGCGAUCCGGACCGUGCACAGCAGGGCAUCUCCUCUGACUGGGACAGUGAUGCAGAUGGCGGCCUCAGCCUGGAGGAGUUUACUCAGUACCUGCAGGAACGGGAGCAGCGCCUUCUGCUCAUGUUUCACAGCCUUGACCGGAACCAGGAUGGUCACAUCGAUGUCUCUGAGAUUCAGCAGAGCUUCCGUGCACUGGGUUUCUCCAUCUCAAUGGAGCAAGCAGAGAAAAUCCUACACAGCAUGGACCGUGAUGGCACCAUGACCAUUGAUUGGCAGGAAUGGCGAGACCACUUUCUGCUGCACUCUCUGGAGAAUGUGGAGGAUGUCCUUUAUUUCUGGAAGCAUUCGACAGUCCUGGACAUUGGUGAAUGCCUAACGGUGCCUGAUGAGUUCUCCAAGCAAGAGAAACUUACAGGCAUGUGGUGGAAGCAACUGGUGGCCGGGGCGGUGGCUGGCGCUGUGUCACGGACAGGCACAGCUCCUCUGGACCGACUCAAGGUAUUCAUGCAGGUCCAUGCCUCAAGGUCCAACCGGCUCAACAUCCUAGGGGGCCUGAGAAACAUGGUUCAAGAAGGGGGCCUCUUGUCCCUCUGGCGGGGCAACGGCAUCAACGUGCUCAAGAUCGCCCCUGAGUCUGCCAUUAAAUUCAUGGCUUAUGAACAGAUCAAGCGGGCCAUCUGCGGGCAGCAAGAGACACUGCACGUUCAGGAGCGCUUCGUGGCUGGCUCCCUGGCCGGGGCCACAGCUCAAACCAUCAUAUACCCCAUGGAGGUACUAAAGACUCGGCUGACUCUACGCAGAACUGGCCAGUACAAGGGGCUCCUGGACUGUGCAAGGCGAAUCUUAGAGCGCGAAGGGCCACGCGCCUUCUACCGUGGCUACCUGCCUAAUGUGCUGGGCAUCAUUCCCUAUGCAGGAAUCGACCUAGCUGUCUACGAGACCCUGAAGAAUCGCUGGCUUCAGCAGUACAGCCACGAAUCAGCUAACCCAGGCAUUCUCGUGCUCCUGGCCUGUGGCACCAUCUCCAGCACCUGUGGCCAGAUUGCCAGUUACCCCCUGGCACUGGUCCGUACCCGAAUGCAGGCCCAAGCCUCCAUUGAGGGUGGCCCGCAGGUCUCCAUGGUGGGUCUGCUUCGACACAUCCUAUCCCAGGAGGGUGUAUGGGGCCUCUACCGGGGCAUUGCCCCCAACUUCAUGAAGGUCAUUCCAGCUGUGAGCAUCUCCUACGUGGUCUACGAGAACAUGAAGCAGGCUCUGGGGGUCACAUCCAGGUGAGGGACUGGGAGCCUGUCCCCCCAAGAUUCUCUCAUCUUCAUCAUGGCAUCCCCUAUGCUGAUGUCUUCAACCACCGGAGACUGGUGGCCUGACCAGUGGAUCCUAAUCCCUACCCCAAGGCACUGGACCCCAGUACCCAAAUCCCACAUCCUGUGUCCUGACCACGGUACCACAGGAUUCCAUGACUUGAUCCUCAACUUCACAACCAGACCCCCAAGCCCAACAACCCCUGGACCCCACAUAUCUGCACUUUUGACACUUGAAAUGUAAAACUACCCAUACCCUGGCCCCAAGCCUCUCGACCCUGCUCAUGCACACCCCAAAGCUGAAUCCUGCUUUUCCCUGCCCCACUGGGUUCUGGGCCUCCCUGUGCAGCAGCAGGUGGUCCCAGUGCCCCAAGCAUGGGGGCACUCAUCCACAUACCCCAUAGACCAGACCUCAGAGCCGCAGGCACCAGACCCAGUGCCCUAAUGGCACACUGGACCAGAGAUCCCCAAACUUGCUGCUGAGUUCCCUGUCAUCUGUCUCACAGCUCAGCCACUGAACCAAGAACUCUCAGCCACAGGAUCCUGACAGGGCAAUACCAAGAUCCUGGGCUCUGCCACUGGGUCCCUGGAUCCCUGGGCAAUGCAUUUCCCUGUUUGGGGUUCCAUAUCCUCCCAUUUUUACUGCUGGGUCUACAUUUCCAGCACUACCCGCAGUCUCUCACCACUGGACCCCAAGUCCCCAUCCACUGGAUCCUGGCUCCUGGAAGCAUGAGAAAGCUCCAGGCCUCUCAUGUGGAUCCCACAUGCUCCAGCUGCUAAAUUCCAGAUCCCAGAUCCCUUCAAGCCCUUCUGUGGACAACAUCCACAGAAGGCCAAACUCCCAGACACCUCUCUAUCCCAUCUCCUACACCCCAAUCGUCACUCCCCAUGUCUAGCUCCCAGUAGCCCAGUGACAGUAUCCCAUAACCCAGACACAGGGAGCUGAUUCCCACGGCAUGAGAGCCUUCUGGAAGCUCAGACACCAGACCAGUGGCUCCCUACCAGGCGGUAAGGGAUCGGAUGUAUGAAUGCUGGAUUGCACCUCAGCUAGGACACACCUCCUCUCCCACCACUCCCCAAAGUCACUUCAUUCCCUGUCCCCUACUCUCUCCAAUGUCUUCCACAUUCCCUGCCUUCCCACCAGGCCAGUCACUCCCAGAACCCAGGCCACUCUGGGAGGGUCUAGUCUGCUUGUUCAUGGGGAUCAGGAACAAAACCAAGGGGACCAUCUGCCUCCCACACUGCCAGCCCUGCUUGGGCCUCCGAAAGUCACAAUCAAGGACCAACACACAACAUCCUUCCUGGAACCCAGCAUCCAAUAUGCAAAUUAAGUCUCCCCGAGCUGACUCGGAGUUUUGUUUUUUUGGUUUUUGGUUUUACCAGAGAACAAAGUCCCCUGGCUCCCACCACAUCCCCAUACCCUCCGCACUUCAAGUUUAGAUUCCAAGCUUAGAACUGGGAGCACUCCGCCCACCUCCCAGUCUUCAGGGGACCUCUCAUCAAAGAACUGAGAGGAAAACGGUUUCCACCAACCCACACCAAGUCCUACCUCCCUGCCCAUGUGUGUCAUUUCAAGAAAAAAAUAAAUUUUCUAAGCUCUUA